AGUUACGAAAUGGCGGGCAAUUUCUGGCAGAGUUCGCACUCGCAGCAGUGGAUUUUGGACAAACCUGAUCUGCUACGGGAGCGUCAGCACGAUUUGUUGGCUCUAAACGAGGAUGAAUACCAAAAGGUGUUUAUUUUUUUUGCCAAUGUGAUCCAGGUGCUUGGAGAGCAGUUAAAGCUGAGGCAACAGGUCAUCGCCACGGCAACGGUGUAUUUUAAGCGAUUCUAUGCGAGGAACUCCCUGAAGAACAUUGAUCCUCUGCUGCUGGCGCCCACUUGCAUUCUGCUGGCCUCUAAGGUGGAGGAGUUUGGUGUUAUUUCCAAUUCACGACUGAUCUCGAUCUGCCAGUCGGCCAUUAAAACAAAGUUCAGCUAUGCGUACGCCCAGGAGUUUCCCUACCGUACGAAUCACAUCCUGGAGUGCGAGUUUUACCUGCUAGAGAACCUGGACUGCUGUUUGAUUGUCUACCAGCCGUACAGACCGCUUCUUCAGCUGGUUCAGGACAUGGGCCAGGAGGACCAGUUGCUCACCCUGAGCUGGCGCAUCGUGAACGAUUCCCUGCGCACCGAUGUCUGCCUGCUCUAUCCUCCUUAUCAGAUCGCUAUUGCCUGCCUUCAGAUCGCCUGCGUCAUACUGCAAAAAGACGCCACGAAGCAGUGGUUCGCCGAACUGAAUGUUGAUCUAGACAAGGUCCAGGAGAUCGUGCGUGCUAUUGUCAAUCUGUACGAGUUGUGGAAGGACUGGAAGGAGAAGGACGAGAUUCAGAUGCUGCUGUCCAAGAUUCCAAAACCGAAACCGCCGCCUCAGCGUUAGGAGAGCUCACAUUCUUUCACUAUUAGCUUGUAUUGCCGUAUUAUGUGUUUGUCCUCAUAUAACCUAUUUAUGCCAAUUAAACGAAGGUUUAAGCUAGGUGACUAAGCAAUUAAAA